GUAGUGAGUAAAUAAAAAUAAUAAAAGUUAUUUUUUUAUUAGAUUAUAAACUACAAAAAAAUAUUUGAAUACAUUCGAAUUUUGAAAAAAUUAAGUUUUAAUUUUAAAAUUUAAUAAGUGCAUUGAAAUAUUUUCUAAUUAAAAGCCAGUAAUUAUUUUUGGGCGAAGCUAUAUACCUACUUAGAUAAAAUCUGUGAUAAAAAAGAUGUAUGUAAUAAAAAAAAAAUCAUUUCAAGUGAACUGAAGUAAAGGCGAGCAAAGAGCAUAAAGAAAAGCAAUUCAAUUAUAAAAUUCUAUCGAAACUGAGAAUAAUUAUUUAAAGAAAUGUCAUAAUUUUAAAAUUAUUUUGAUAAAAUACGCAUUAUUUAUAUUUUAUUGGAAAUACAAUUUUAAUAGAUAAAAAAAAAAAAAUUUUAAAUGUAAGAAUAAUUUGGUUUUUUUUAUCAGCAAAGAGAAUCGCAUGAAUUAUUUUUGUCCAGUGUUGUAUAUUCAUUGUAAUGGAUAAUAAAACCACUAACAUGUGUAAUAUGCCAAAUCACUUCUUUCAAGUUUGCCGGUUGUGUUUAUUGGUCAUUGACUGUGAUAUUGACAAAAUCUAUAUAUUUCAAUCUCAGCCAGAGCAACAUAUAGACUUAUGGGAAGCAAAAAUAAGAACUCAAACGGCAAUUAAUAAUGAAACAGCCAAAGAAACAGGAUCGAAAACAAAUAUUUUUUCGAAUUUACAAACAAAUAACGAUUGCGCAAGCGCUUUUGAAAAGUUUGUUUCAAAUAAACGUAAUUUUCAAUGCCCAAUCAAACGAGAAUCAUCAAUUAAUUCUGAUGAAGAGGAAAAUUAUUGUGAAGAGGAUAUAACAAUUCCAUAUUUAAUUAAAAUUUUUCUAGAAAUUGAGAUAUCACCAAAUGAUGGACUCCCCCCCGUUAUUUGUAAAAGCUGUUACAAUCAAUUAUUUUCAUUUGAAAAAUUCCGAAAGACAGCUAAAGAAGCUGAACGAACUCUAAAAGAUUUUAUAAAUUUUACUUCCAAACUUUCUGGGACACCUACAGAAAUUGCAGAAACUUCAACUAAUACAUUCAAUGAAUUAUUGAGUCAUUCUUCGCGGCAGGAAGUUUUAGAAGAAAUGGCUGCAACAGCAUUAACAGAAUUAGGGAAUUCCUCAAACAGAAUAAGCAAAAUUGUAAACAAUGCAAAUUUAUCAGCAAAUCCUCAUGAAGGAAAAAUUGAAUCUUCGAAUUAUUAUGUUAGUCCAAUAGAACAUAUGAAACAAAUUCAACAAAAUUCUUGUGCUUCACAAGUUGUCAAUAAUAAAAUUGUAGCAUCUACUGAUACAUAUCCCGUAGAAAGAAAUUCUGAGUUGGAAAGUGCAGCAGUAUUAAUGGAUAUAAGCCGACAAGCAAUACUAUCAGCACAAAAACCAAUAAAUGUCCAAUUACAAAGUUCUCCACAAAGAACUCAACAAGAGCAAACUCAUCACAACCCAGAUCAAAUUAAUGAAAUAAAGGUUAAAUUGGAAAAGUAUGAUUGCAAUCAUGAGUUACUAUUACAAACUCAGUUACUUAAUCAAAACAAGUUUAGUGAUGACGAUGAAUUUCUUAAUCAGCCAAGAACAGCAUUAACUCCCGAAAAUUAUCCAUCUGUUAGCAAAAUGGAAGAUGAUGCUAAAGACCCAGACAACAGCAAUUCAUCGAAUGAUAGCUCUGAUCCUGGUCGACUACAGAUGGAUGUAAGUUUUAAUGAUCGUGGUAGUGAAAAUUUUUGCGAACAAGGAACUAACAGUGGCAUGCAGGAGUUUUCUGAAGAAACUAAUUCUGCAAAUUCAAAUGAUACGCCUGCUGAUCCAGCCACAACUCAGUUGUGGAGAGCUCUUACGACAGAUGGCAACAAAACCGGUGAAACGCUACUUAAGAAAAUGAUGGACUGUGGGCAUGUUUUUGGAAUCAAUAUACCAGGUUUCAAUAUGAACGAUGAUCUUAAUCAACCGCUCCCACUUUUAAAGGAUGGAAAAUCUAAAAAAUCUGGAAGGCGAAAACAGGCUUGUCCCAGUAAAAAUGAGUUGUCAGUUACGAAAGAAAAAGAUUUAAAAGACGAUUCCGAAGCAAAAACAAAUUAUGAUUUUAAAGCCAUGAGUAUUACAUCGGAAUUAGUAACAAAAAAUAAACAAUCUAGAGCUUGUUUGCCGGCUAAUGCAUGUUCAGCAAAAGAUAUGACUUGCGCUAACUGCGGAACACUUACUACUACAAUUUGGAGAAGAAAUAUUCGAGGUGAAAUGGUUUGUAAUGCGUGUGGUUUAUAUUAUAAACUACAUGGUGUUGACAGACCCCAUUCAAUGAGACGAGAUACGAUUCAUACUAGAAGAAGACGUCCAAAGGGAAGCAGUAAAAACUCAAAAAUAAAAAAUAAAAGCAAUGUUGAUAUUAAAUAUGAUACAAAUGAAACGAUGAUUCAAAAUAAUUCAAAUUUUCAAUCAUUAAGAAAUCAUAAUUUGUUAUUGGCUUUAAGAGGGGUAGCUGGGGAUCGUUCAUAUUCUUUGCCUGAUGCUUCACUUGUAUUUUCAGCGGCAGCUUCACAAAACUUAGAAAAAAAGACAGAAUUAAAUUCUCUUAACAGUAAUAUAUUUGAUGAUGAAAAAAAUAACAAUGCAAAUGAUUUAAGUAUUUUGCCUUUAAAUUUAGUAGCAAGCAAUUCAAAUACAAAUGGUACCUCGUCUACUUAGGAUUUUAUUUUUAGUUUUAACAUUAAAAUCAAUAAUUUCCUUAUUUACAAACAUAAAAACCAGAUAAUAUAUUUUCGCACUUUCGCUUAUGAAAAUCGAAACAUAAAAAUAAAAGGAAUCCAUUGGCGCUUUUUAUACCUCAUCAAAUUUUUAAAAAAAUUUCGUUUUAAUUCAGAACUUUGAAUUAGAAAAUUAAAAGUAGUUACUUUUUUUUUUUUAAAUAUCAAACAAAAAAUAUAUAUAUACCAAAUUUGAAAGCGAAAAAUAGUUAGAUAAGGCGAUAAAAAUUAUAGAAUCACCGUCUCACUUAAUUUAUAUUUGUGUAUAAAGUACCAAUUUACAUAAAUAAAUACAGAAUAAAUUAUGUUAACAUAACAUUUUAUAGUUACAGUAGGAAAUGAUUGAAUACGUUAUAACAUCAAACA